AGAAGGAGCAGAUAAGGCUACCAGUUCUGUUUACUGAUUCAGUUUAAUAUUAACAUAGACAUUUAUGCAAUAGCUGAAAGGGAGACUUAGCACUUUCUGGAAGGCUCUUUUGAAAAACAACUAAAGCUAAAGGAAGAAAAUGGAGAUUUCUCUUUUCAUUGUUGAUGCAUUUACCAAUCAGCCAUUUCAUGGCAACCCUGCAGCUGUUUGUCUUCUUGAAAAUGAACUGGAAGAAGAUUGCCUCCAAAAAAUUGCAGCUGAAAUGAAUCUUUCAGAAACUGCAUUCAUCAGAAAACUGCAUCCUACUGAUGAUUUUACUGAAAGUUCCUGUUUUGGAUUAAGGUGGUUUACGCCAACGAAUGAGGUCCCCCUCUGUGGUCAUGCCACCCUCGCCUCUGCUGCUGUGUUAUUCCAAAACAAGAAAAAUGCGAAUUUUACUCUCACCUUCCUAACUCUGAGUGGAGAAUUGAAUGCCAGGCAAGCAAGUGAUCAUAUUAUUCUGGACUUUCCACUUUACUCCACUUAUCCACAGGAACUUCAGGAAGUGGAAGAGUUAGUACAGGCAGCAGUUGGCGAUUUGAAUGUUCAAGAUGUCCGCUAUUCUCCUGAGACAAGAAAACUCCUUGUCUGUCUCAGUGAUGUCUAUGAAAGGUCUGAUUUAGAGAAAAUAAAAGUGAAUGCCCAAGAACUUUUGUCUGCUGAGAAGACUGGAAAAGUGAAAGGAUUAAUAGUCACGCUUAAGGGUGAUUUUCAUAGAAAACAUGAAGGCCAUGAUUUCUACUCCCGCUACUUUGCACCAUGGAAUGGAAUUUCAGAAGAUCCAGUCACAGGAUCUGCUCAUACUGUCUUAAGUAGUUAUUGGUCACAAAAACUGGGGAAGACGGACCUGUGUGCAUUUCAGUGUUCUGCUCGUGGAGGGAGGUUGGAUAUUUCACUCCGGCAUGAUGGAAGAGUCGAUAUUUGUGGACAAACACACAUUGUGUUAAAAGGCUCUUUGAGCAUUUGAUGAAAUAAAUAAAACUCCCCACUGUUAUAAAUUUC